AUGGAUCUCCGCGCUUCUUUUUCUCUCACUCUCUCUUAUAUCUCUAACAACUCUUCCUUUCCCCGCCAUCAGCUAUCUCUCCAUCCAAACUCUCUGCAACUAUCCCGAUCCCACUUUUCCCACCGCCGACACUUUAUCCGAAUCCCACCACCACCGUUUUCCCGCCAAAACAAUCUCCCACUCUUACAUACUAGGGUUUCCAAUCAACCUCAGAUCGACGGUUUCGUCCUCGAAGACGUUCCACACCUCACCAAUUUCCUUCCCGAUUUGCCGCAAUAUCCAAAUCCAUUGCAAAAGCGGCAAGCUUAUUCCGUUGUCAAGAAUACUUUUGUAAGUCCAGAAGAUGCAGUUGCACAAACUAUCGUUGUUCAGAAAGAUAGUCCUAGAGGAGUUCACUUUCGCCGUGCUGGACCUCGAGAAAAGGUUUACUUCAAGCCGGAAGAAGUGCGUGCUUGCAUAGUGACUUGUGGAGGAUUGUGCCCAGGAAUCAAUACGGUGAUUAGGGAAAUUGUAUGUGGCUUGAACAACAUGUAUGGAGUUGAAGAUGUACUUGGAAUUGAGGAAGGAUAUAAAGGGUUUUAUUCGAAAAAUACCAUGAAAUUGACACCUAAAGUGGUUAAUGAUAUCCAUAAACUCGGGGGAACAUUUCUUCGUACAUCUCGUGGAGGACAUGAUACCAACAAGAUAGUCGAUAACAUUGAGGACCGAGGAAUAAAUCAGGUAUACAUUAUUGGAGGUGAUGGUACCCAAAAAGGAGCUUCACUCAUUUAUGAGGAAGUUGAAAAACGUCGUCUUCAAGUGGCCGUGGCUGGGAUUCCCAAGACAAUUGAUAAUGAUAUUGCUGUAAUAGACAAAUCUUUUGGAUUUGAUACUGCUGUGGAAGAAGCCCAGAGAGCCAUUAACGCUGCACAUGUGGAGGUUAAUAGCGUUGAAAAUGGAAUUGGAAUAGUUAAGCUAAUGGGAAGAUACAGUGGUUUCAUUGCCAUGUAUGCAACUUUAGCAAGUCGAGAUGUGGAUUGCUGCUUGAUUCCAGAGUCUUCAUUCUAUUUGGAAGGAAGAGGCGGGCUUUUUGAGUUUAUCGAACAGAGGUUAAAAGAAAAUGGACAUUUAGUUAUUGUGGUAGCAGAAGGAGCUGGUCAGGAAUUUGUUGCUGCAGAAGUGCAUGCAGUAGGUGAAAAUGAUCCAUCAGGGAACAAGCUACUUCGUGAUGUUGGUCCGUGGUUAUCCAAUAAGAUCAAGGAUCAUUUCACAAAGUUUCCUAAAAUGGCGGUAAAUAUGAAAUAUAUAGAUCCUACAUACAUGAUUCGAGCUAUUCCAAGUAAUGCCUCGGACAACAUUUACUGCACUCUUCUUGCUCAUGGUGCUGUUCAUGGAGCUAUGGCAGGAUAUUCUGGCUUCACAGUCGGGCCUGUGAACAGUAGACAUGCUUAUCUCCCAAUCGCUCGUGUGACAGAGAGACCAAAUACAGUUGAGGUGAAAGGUAGGAUGUGGGCUAGACUUCUUGAGUCGACAAAUCAACCAAGUUUUGCUACCCCUGACCAACAAAGAGUUGACAAAGAGGUGAUCAAAGAUACAAAUAAGAUCAAUAUUACCUCUACCUAA